AUGCACCAAGACAUCACCGAACCUGACAGAAAUUUAGACUCUCCACUGAAGGAGGUUCAAUCCAGAGUAUACAGGGCAUCAAGAUCUCCAAACGCCUUUAUGUUAGAUUAUCUAAGUCAAGUCUGAGUUCACCAAUUUUCAGUGUAUGCAGGAGCUUAAGGAUCAAUACUCCAACAUGUACGCCUGUACAAUCCUUAGAGAUGGAUCCACUCGAUAUCUACAACUUUAUCUCGAGAAGGAGAAGGAUAGUAACGAUAUUUUAAAAAAUAGAGUAGUCUUCAACGAAUAAAAAAUACGAAUUACGCCCUGCAGGGCAGUGGAUGACACAGGCAAGAUGAUAAUGGUUAAAUUGUCUCAUUUACCAAUGCUGUUUAAGGAAACAGUUCUCGAAGAUCUAAAGAAGAGCUUGACAUUUUAUGGUCAUCUUUUGGAUGUAGGUAUAAACACGAAAGCUACUACAGGUUUUUUCAUAGGAGCCGGAUAUGCAGUUCUCGCGGUCCCAAAAGAGGAGGCAGGUUUGGUAUCUUCCCAAUUCCAGAUAUUAGAUCACAAUGUUCGUUAGUGUUGUGAUGGAACGUAAUAUAAUAAAGAUAAAUAAAAAUAAAUUAAAAAUAAAUUAAAAAUAAAUUAAAAAGAGAAAGAGAAAGAGAACAAAGGAAAGUUUGGUUUGAGA